GAGGCACCUCUUCUGGUCCACUAGAGCUUCCCAGCUCAGAAUCCAGGUUUGGCUUGAGUACAAGUAAUGUAUCUCACCCUAACUGAGCAAGAGGCGUCAUUCCUGUAACGUGCAUCUGCAAACAGAAGAGCAGAGGAACUUCUGCGUGGGUGACUGAACUCUGAUCCUGACAUAGAGUCACAGCCAUGGCAGCCAAGGGAGGCACCGUCAAAGCUGCUUCAGGCUUCAACGCCUCCGAAGAUGCCCAGACCCUGAGGAAGGCCAUGAAAGGGCUCGGCACGGAUGAAGACGCCAUCAUCAACGUCCUGGCCUACCGCAACACGGCCCAGCGCCAGGAAAUCAGGACGGCCUACAAGACCACCAUCGGCAGGGAGCUGCUGGAUGACUUGAAAUCGGAACUGAGUGGCAACUUCGAGCAGGUGAUCUUGGGGCUGAUGACGCCCACCGUGCUGUACGACGUGCAGGAGCUGCGAAGGGCCAUGAAGGGAGCUGGCACGGACGAGGGCUGCCUGAUCGAGAUCCUGGCCUCCCGGUCGCCAGAGGAGAUCCGACACAUAAACCAGACCUACCAGCUGCAAUAUGGGCGGAGCCUUGAAGAUGACAUUCGCUCCGACACUUCCUUCAUGUUCCAGCGGGUGCUGGUGUCUCUGUCCGCUGGUGGCAGGGAUGUAGGAAAUUAUCUGGAUGAUGCUCUCGUGAGACAGGAUGCCCAGGAUCUGUAUGAGGCUGGAGAGAAGAAAUGGGGGACAGAUGAGGUGAAAUUUCUAACUAUUCUCUGCUCGCGGAAUCGAAAUCAUCUGUUGCACGUGUUUGAUGAAUACAAAAGGAUAUCACAGAAGGAUAUUGAACAGAGUAUUAAAUCUGAAACAUCUGGUAGCUUUGAAGAUGCUCUGCUGGCCAUAGUAAAGUGCAUGAGGAACAAGCCUGCAUAUUUUGCUGAAAGGCUUUAUAAAUCUAUGAAGGGCCUGGGCACCGAUGAUGACACCCUCAUCAGAGUGAUGGUUUCUCGAGCGGAGAUUGACAUGUUGGACAUCCGUGCAAACUUCAAGAGGCUCUAUGGAAAGUCCCUGUACUCUUUCAUCAGGGGUGACACAUCUGGAGACUACAGGAAGGUACUGCUCAUUCUCUGUGGAGGAGAUGAUUAAAAUAAAAUCCAGAAAGGAUAGGAGGAUUCCCUACACUUUGAAUUUUUUUUUUGAGUUCAUUUUUCUACACUGCUAUUAGCAUUAUCUCAGAAUACUUAUUUCCAGUUAAAACGCCUACAGACGCCUCCUAGGGUAUAAACUGUAUUAUUAUUCAUCUAUAAUUACUCAUUAUGAUGCUUUAAAGAUCCACUUGCAUUUCAAAGCUUAUAAAACCUAAAAGGAGAUUUAAAAUUAGAAAUUAAAAUGUAUUCCAUGUUUUUAACAGAUCUCUUCCUCGUUUGUGUAUCACCGAAAUUGGAAUAUAUCAAAUUAUUUCAUGUUUUCUUUUUGAUGAAAACUAUUGAAGUGGAAGACUAGAAGCCUGUUCUAAAGUCACUUUUCCUCCCUAAUUCUGUUUUUAGAGACGCUAAUAAUUUCUUGAUGUGAAAUUGUGAGCAUCUAGUUAGUAAGACCGUCUAUCCAACUUGCUAUUUUACAUACUCGUAGUUUGAAAGCAUGCACAAAUCUCCUUUGUUUAGGUUUUUGUCUAAAGUGUCAGUUGAUCUUUACUAAGCUUGGCAGGGGAGACUUCCUCCAUCACGUCUUAUGCUAAAACCACUUAGUCUCUCCAGGUCGAAGUAUACCAAACUCCCCAACUUGUCUGAGCAAAUUAAAUUCAAAGUGUGGUUAUACAGAUCAUAUACGUCUGCCUACCAAACGUGAAUGCUAAACAUUCCACAAUGUUAUGGUUAAUAAUAAUAAUAACAAACAAUAAAAUGAGAGUAAUGGCCUUAAUCUAACUUGAAGAUGAAUGUGAAAAAAUUGUGUCAAAUUACAUAUUCUGGUGAUGGUGUAGUGCUCUGAAUUUACUUUUUACUGAAAUUUUUUGUGCUCAAAAUAAUUUUUUAAGUCAUUUUCAAUUUUGUUGAUUGGUAGUAAUUUACAUAGGCACUGUGCCUUUCAACUUUAGAAUUAUUGUAAAGGUGUAUUGGAUUUAAUUUAAAAAUUCAGUUUGUAUACAACAUGGAAAAUAAUUUUAAUAAAACACGGUUUCUUUCAAA